AUGCGGGCCUCCACCGCUUUCCAUUGUCUCCUGUCCUGUGCUGUCCUUCGGGCUCCCUCCCAACGUACUGUUGAUACCACGCAGGCAUUAUAUAUUUGGAUUUUUGUUCUGAGUUGUUAUAAUUGUUAUAACGAUACUGGCCGGUCUAAGAUCGUCGGCGACGUUGAAAAGCAACCAGGAGGAGGUCGCUGUAAGGAGAAGACCGGGGCUGCCUUCGUCAAAGUGCACAAAGCCGGAUCUACAACGGUCCAGUGCAUCUUGAAGCGAUUCGGGUAUCGCCGCCAUCUUCAUUUUGUGUUGUCAAGUAGCAAAGAAUGGAAGCUCGCUUGGCCGUACCUGAUGAAGAAGGAGGAUUACCUACAGCCCAUCCCCGGCCAGCCCUUCGACCUGCUGGUGGACCACACGGUGUACAACAGGGAGAUCUUCAGGAACCUGCUGCCCAACGACACCGCGUACCUGGCUAUAGUCAGGGAGCCUUACAGCCACUUGCAGUCCGCCAUCAACUACUUUGACUUGAGGCGAAAGUACGGUCUGCCGAAAGAUGACCCUGAACGGUUCUUCCUGCAGAACCCGGCGGAGCUGGAACGUGCCUACGUCUUGUCCAGUGCCAUGAACAUUACUCUCUGCAAGCCGGAGUGCACGCACAGGAACAUCUCCAAGACCAGGAAUCUCAUGGCGUAUGAUCUCGGUAUCCCGAAGACAUUGUGGGAAGACGAAGAUGACGUCCGUGACUACAUCGCCCAGUUGGACCGGGAUUUUCUGCUGGUGCUGGUGCUGGAGUACUUCGACGAGUCGCUAGUCCUGCUGAAGCGCUACAUGUGCUGGCAGCUGACAGACAUUCUCUACAGAAUACACAACAGCCAAGAGUAUACGAACGAAGGAACAAAACUGUCGCCGGAACUUAGAGAGGCUCACUACAACUGGAGUAAAGCGGACUACAUGCUCUAUCAACACUUCAACAGAACCCUGUGGGAAAAGGUUGCAAAUGAAGGAGCUGACUUUUACUCAGAAGUGAAGCAGUUCCAGCACCUGAACCGAGUGACUUCACAGUUCUGUAAGGAGGAAGGGGAUGUCUCUAAUUAUAAACAGAAGGUGUUGGAAGCCAGCGCUUGGAACGACAGAAUUGUCUUAGACAGCAACUUUUGCCGUCUCCUGAAUAUGGGAACUCAUGACUAUGGAAGAGCUCUGAAAGAGAGAUACUUUGCUGCGAUGACGUGAAUCAUAUAUGGAAUAUUACAAGUAGUCUACCAACGAAACAUUGCACACAAUUGAAACGAAAUAGAAAACAACGGUCAGUGCAAGUUUUAUAACAAGACAUCUCACAAAUGUAUUCGUUUCAAGCACUAGUGAACUCAGUUGACGUAGAUAUCGAUAUUACAAGUAGUCUCAGAAAUGCAAAGAAACACCGCACAAAAUUGAAACGAAAUGAAAAACAACGGUCAGUGACAGUGUAAGCUUGACGGCAUGACAUCUCAAAUAUAUUUGUUUCCAAUGUGCUUGCAUCAAGCACUAGUGAACAUUUCAAUUUGAAUCAGGCAUUUUGCCGUAGGCAGUCUAGGCCAAUAUUUAUAAAGUUUUAUGAUGAAUUUUGAGCUUUCUGUUUGAAUUCUUUUUGCUCUCUCAGUCUCGAGCUAUAUAAUCUUCUUACCAACAAAAACCUGUUAUCCCACUUGA